UUUGACAUAAACUACUUGAAAGUUGAAAUCUUAUUUGUAUUUUUGUUAUAUUUAGUUUUCGCGGUAUUUUAUUGCGAGUUAAGACUAUAAUCCUUUUAAUAAUAUGGAUCACGAGGAUAAUAUAGAUGUUUUCGUUCAUAAGUUACAAAAUCGUAAGGGUGCAUCGUUUUCUGUGUACCGUGAAAGCGGAAGCAAUUCCAAGGAUUAUGACGAAUUGAGAGUGGGAGAUGUUUUGAAAACAAUUUCGAAACAAAUAAUGACUAUCAAAAAUUCUGAUCGUCUUAACCAAGAUGUGCGAAAAAAUAUUACUUUAUCUAGUCAUAAGAAAUGUGGAUUCAUACCUCUUGCUUCAAUUCAAGCGGAGACAUCGAUGAACACUGAAAACAAUUUUGAUUCACAGUGCAGUAUGGACACUCAAUUGAUUGAUUUUGUUAGAAAAGCUGAAGCUAUGAUACAAGAAGAAAAUGAUAGAGAAAAAAAUAAAUUGACAUCUCCCAGAGAUGUGGCUAGUGAGAAAGAAAGAAUAGUUUUGAUGGACAACACAAAACAAUAUAUGCCAGAACAGCAUAAGGUACUAAAUAUUACAGAAGAAAGACAGUGCGGAGGAAAAAUAAAUGAUAAAUGCUGUGAGGUCGGAAAUAAGGAAGAUAGUAAUGACAUCACAGAUUUACAUAACAAAUCUAACUCAGGUGAUAAAUUGGAAGCACCCACAAGUCCUAUAUUGAGCUCGUCGAGAUCUACGUCCAAGCCCUUAGUAUGUAUGUUGGAAGAAUUUGACAAUUUCGAAAAGCUAGCUGUGCCUGUAUUAAGGAAAUUUACAGAUUUCAACGAAGCAAAACGUGCUAUCCACACACAGGUGAAAGCUAAAAACUUUGCCAUCCAAAGUCAUUCGGAAUCAGUUAAAUAUGAUCGUGACAAGGGUAUUCAAAAUGUACUCGGUGCCACUCGCAAUGCUGUCAAUCAAGCUGAUGAUUGCAUGCAAGUCGGUGAUGAUAUACGGACACAGUAUAGUUUUGAUGUCAAAGUUACCAAUGAAGACAAAAUGCUGUUCGAUAGUGAUGAUGAAAUAGAUGUCUUGCCGUUGACUUGUGCAUUAGAAACAUAUGACGAACCUGGACUCCUCGACAAAACUCUAUAUGUUGGUUUCCAAACAGCCAGCAAUAGGUCCAUACAAAUUCUGGCUGACUCUUUCAAUAAGGCGAGAUGUAUUUUUGAUGAUGUCAGCCGAAAAGUCGCUGACAAAUCGGUGACUGAACUAGUUCAGGAUAUAGACAGGAAAUGUCCAGAUGGAUGUCAUUCCACAGUGAAUAUCAAAGAUAAAUAUAGAUUGAAUAAUCUGCGAGACACGUCAGAUAAUCCUAGAGGGAUUGUCGAAGAAUUUUGCAAGAAAGAGGAUAUUAUUGAGAUAGUUGAUGAGAAAUCAGUUGCGUGUGGAACUGCUCAUAAUAACGCAGAAUAUAUAGACGAACAGUUAAUAAAGGAAUUUGAUGUGAGUGUAGUUUGCGAUAGUGAUGUAUUCGAUAAUAAAAAAAUAGUAAGCGAUACACAAAAUAGCGAUAAAAUGUGUAUUGAAUCGGGAUUGAAAAACGAUGAAAAUGACGUUAUUAAUAUAAGUUCUGAAGAACACAAUAUAGCUCACACAAAAAGCUCUUCGACAAAAUGUCGCGGUUUAUUAAUUGAAAAUAGAGAAACGAAAGUUAAUAAUUUUGUUGGAUUCAGGACCGCGAGUGAUAAAAAGAUUGCAGUAUCAGAUGAGGCUGUCAUAAAGACGAGAAACGUUUUUGACAAUAUCGACGAUCUCGAACUUAGUGGAUAUAGAUCAACAAAAGAAUGCAACGAACCAAAAUCUGUUGAAAAAUUUACAAAAAACAAACCAAAUUUACACAAUUCCAAAAAUACUGAAGUUACGAAAGAUGUUUUUCGUAACAAUAAAUCCAUAGACACAGAAAGGUUCAGAGGUUUUCGCACUGCGAGCAACAAAAAUGUGUAUAUAUCGAAAAGUGCUUUGGAAAAAUCCAAAAAAAUCUUCGAAGAUAUUGGAGAAAAUGAAGACGGAUUUAGAACUGAUGAUACAAAGAAACAUGAUGAGGAUAUGGAAAGAAAUAAAAUGUUUAAUAAAAUUGCACCAUCAGACAAUGGAUACAAAACUCAAACUACAAUGCAAGGCUUCAUAACAGCUAGCAAGAAACCAGUGACUAUAUCAGAAGAAGCUCUAAGUAGAUGUAAGAAAAUUUUUCACGAUAUUUCAUACGGAGAUGGGAUACAAAAUACGUCCUAUUCUCAGGACAACAAGGUUCAAAAUAUAUGUAAAGUAAAAUCUGAUAAUAUAACUAUAGAAAAAGUAGAACAUCGUCUAAAAAGGAAAGAAAGUUUGUCGAAAUCAGAAACUAUUGAGAAUUCAUCGGUUGUAGGAAUUCAAAAUGCGAAUAAUUUGAAGAUAUCAAAAGACGAAGGCAUGAGAAGUAAGAUAUCGGACAAUAUCAAUUAUAAAAAUAAAGAAAAUUUGUGUAUACAAACCUCUUUCGUUGGAUUCCAAACUGCGAGUAAUAAAAAAGUAAAAAUAUCUGAAGAAGCCCUCAUUAAGAGUAAGGAAUUAUUUCGGAGCUUGGACGAGGAUGGUGAUCAUACAGCCACAAAGAAGUUUAAAGUCAAUGAAGGUUUUAUAGGCUUUCAGACGGCAAACAAGAAACCCGUCAAAGUAUCGGAAGAGGCUUUAGCGAAAAGCAAAAAGAUUUUUGAAGAUAUAGAUUUGAAUAAGGCAGAAAGUGGAUUUGAUCCCAACGUUCUGAUAAGCAACAAACAAGCAAAAAUAUCAGAAGCUGGUUUUGAAAGUGGAGAGAAGCCCCAAAGCUGUGACCAAGAACUUAAAAAUCAUAUAAAAUCCAAAUUAAAAACCAAUUCCAUUAUAAAAAAUAAUCCAAAAGAUACAAAAGAUAAUAAACCUAAUGAUAAAGAUAAAGAUAUAACUCAGUUCGAGCUGAAUAUAGACGAUCUUUUGAAUACAGAGGUUAUUAAGAAUUUUGACGAAUCCCUACACAUGGAGGAAAUAGUAAAAGAUACUCCGAAGUCGAAGAGAUCUGGCAGCCCAAUACUGUCUUGUCCUAGAGCCAAGAAGAAAAAGUUCGAACCCCCGAGGAGCAUUAAUAGAAACAUCAUAAAUAACGUAGAAGUUCCAAAGACCACACACUCAUACAAAUUCAGAGACUCCUAUAAGAGAACGAAAAUAUAUAAAUUAAAAGAUCUCAAGAAGAAUCGCAUAACAUCCAGAGACAUAGAUAUUUAUAUUCUGAAGUAUUCCUUCGAUAAUCUACUCGAAUUCCGUUUUCGUGAUCAGCGAAAUGACAUUGACAGUGACGUGUGGGGCACAGACAAAAUAAAGGAAUAUUUCACAGACAACGUAAACAUUAAGAUCGUACCGGAAGGCUGGGUGGAGAACCACAUGAGACUGAUCAUAUGGAAACUCCUUUGUUACGAAACCUUCUUCGGGGAGUCCAUGAGGAACGUGUGUUCAGUUAAAAAUGUUCUGGAACAGCUGAAAUACAGAUACGACAAGGAGUUGUAUAACGUUGAGAGACCGGCGUUGAGGAGAAUAUUGGAGAGAGACGAUCUCUCCACUAAGAUGAUGGUUCUCUGUGUCGCUAGUAUUCACGAAGCCGGCGUUAGUGUUCGUAGUGUUACCAAUGACAGCAAAAACGUGGAACUGUUACUUACGGACGGUUGGUAUUGUUUAAAGGCGUGUGUAGACAGAAUGAUAGAAAAACUUAUCGUCGAUAGGAAAAUAGUUGUUGGUAUGAAACUAGCGAUCCAUGGAGCGGAAUUGUUGAAUUGUGACCAAGGGAUGUCUCCCUGGGAGGAUAUAAAUUCCGUGCGUCUCAAGUUGUCCGGAAAUUCAACGAAACGCGCGCGUUGGGACGCCCGCCUCGGUUUCCAUGGCAACGCCGCCAUGUUGACUCCGCUGUCAGCUGCCAGGCUGGAUGGCGGGAAAGUGUCGAAGCUGAGAGUGUUCGUGACUAGAGUGUAUCCGACCUUGUAUGUCGAGAAAUUUGAAGAUGGCAGUACCGUAACUCGUUCUGAACGCCUGGAACUCCUGCACCAGAUGAAAUAUGAAGCAGAGAAACAGAUGCAGAUGGAGAAACUUUAUGAAGAAGUGGAGAAGAUGAUUGAAACGGAAUCUCAAGAUUCAGAACAAUUAACACAGAACUACAAUCUUGAAACCGGCUCCCAAAUAGCAAAGCUGAUGAUGAAGAACCAAGACCCAUCAGAGUUGAAGGCUACCCUCACAUCAAGUCAAGUGCAACGACUAAAUGAACACACACAUAGACAGAAGGAGGCUUUGAUACAGAAAAUACAAGACAAAGUCAAGGAUCUGAUGAAGAAGAGAGGAAUCAAUGUGUCCAGGAGUGUGGUGCCCUUAAUGAAGAUACGGGUAGCUGACCUACGAGAUGAUGUUACUACAGCUCUUAUAACAAUAUGGCGACCGAACGAAUCGCUACAUGAAGUGAUCAGAGAGGGCGCUUGGAUCGAUGUCUAUAAUGCCGUACCUACAUCGAUUCGAUAUUCUGAGAUCCAGAUAUCAGCGGGGCGGCAAUCGAUGUUCUGUAAGUCGAAAUACAAAGAGACAGACAGAGAAACGAUAUUAAAACAUACAUUAGAAAGGAAAUGUUACAAUAUAAAGGAUUUACAGAGUUCAAAGACCUCGCCGUACAACGAAAUAGACACAUUCGGCGCAAUAUUCCUCAUAGAGCCAGAGAAUUUUGACAGUAACAAACAAUUAUUCCAAAAUAUAUAUAUAAGUGGGAUAAAUAAAGAUAUUAUAUCUAUAAAUUUCUGGGGUGGCAUCAAAAAAUUUGGCUACGAAAACAUACUGAAUGUUGGAAAUGUCGUUGCCUGUGUUAAUAUACAAAAGAGGGCUGGCAACACCAAAAGCAUACCUCAGUAUAGGGCCACAGAAUUAUCUUACUUCACAAAAACGCCGAAAUACGACUCACUGAAAACAUAUUUGACAGAUUUUCUAAAGAAAUACAACAAAAUGGACGGUGUAAAGUUCGUGCGGGACUGUGUAGCGUUGAAAAACAAUUACAGUAACAUAAACAACGACGUGUCGCCGCUUAGACACUGCAGUGAACUUAAUCUAUCGAGAAACAAAAUGUUUCUAGACUCGCCACUGACAAGGAAUUCAAAUCUAAAUAUCACAGGUUCGGCCCUGGAGCCGGGAUCUAGUGAAGAAACAAUGUUAAGGAAGAAGAAAGAAAGCGAACGGAGAAUCGAUAAAUUAAAAAAAUACGGCGAACCGCCGCCAUUAAAUCAAAUACAUAUCAGGAAUAGAGCCCAUAUCACGCCGUACAAAAGCCCGCUAAUUUCUAAUGACGUUUCAAUACGCGUUGCCAACAUUGAUAAUGAUGUUGCCAGCAAUAAAAUAUCUAGUCCAGUUUUAAAUAAAACCUUCGUUAAAAUUAAUCCUGUUAAACUAAAUUUUAAUGUGGAUAAUAACGAAGAACCAGAAAGUCCGCCUUUAAGUUUAGACACUUCUUGAUUAUUUUAGAAACAUUGUUGUAUCGUUGAACCAUUUUUUAUUUUAUAUUUGUUUACUUCUGUUAUAUAAUAUAAGAUUUAAUAAAGAUUUUUUUUAAACAUAAAUUAUUUCUUUUAUCUA